AAACCACGACAAUCGACACCGACCAAAAACCAACUCGACAUCAAUGAAAAAUCGCGACACAAACAACUAACCUUACGAUAAAGCAAACACAAUAAUCAUGGAUCCCGAGGCCUCGCCACCAAAGCGCGUCACCCGCGCGCGCGCGGCCGCCAAGAAGGCCCCAGUUGAUAAUGGCAUCAAGGUCGCCACUGCCGCAGCGAAGGCGAAAGCGACGCGUACGAUGCCCCCUGCGAUGACGAAGCGGAAGACCAGGGCCGAUGAAGCUGCCAACGACGACGAUAACAACGAGGAUGAGCUGACAGCUCCCGAGCCAGAGAAACCGAGGGCGACGAGGGGACGACCGAGGAAAGCUGCCAUGGUGCAGGCAGAGCCAGAGCCAGAGAUAGAGAAGGAGGCUGCGGUAGUGGUGCCGAAGACAAGAGGGAGGCCGAAGAAGGCCGUCGAAGAGAAGGAGGUUGAGGCUGCACCGGCAGUGGAAGCUCCGAGGACAAGAGCUAGAGGGAGGAAGGUGGCCGUAGCCGAUGAACAGGCACCACCACCUGUUUCCGAAGCACCAAAGAGGAUAGUUAGAGGCCGCCUGGCAACCGUCACAAAGCCCACUGCUGCACCGAAGAAGUCUGUCAAGUUUCAGGAUACGGCGGAGCUGGACAAGGAGAAUGCCAUUCCUACAACGAAGGGCAAAGCGCCAGUGGCUACGGUUACUGGUCUUAGGGCCAAGCCGGUGCGGAAACCUGCUGCUGCACCUCGAGUGACACGCGGGCGCGCCAGAGCGACUUCUGAAUCGGACCAGGCGAAGGAAAAGUCCCCGCUCAGCCCGAAGAAGGUGACACAGGUUGCUGUUGCCAAGGAUGUGAGCUCUGACGACGAGCUUGCCACGAUGGUGAAGACGCCGAUGAAGCCUCUGAUGAAGAGCCCGAUGAAGCCACCGACCAAUAUCCUCAGCCCAGCUAAAAGGCUUGAUUUCACAACAUCGAUUGUGGCAAACCGUGCUGUUUCUGCUCAGCAAGAUCUUACCUCGUCAAUGAUGGCCAGCCCUGCUAGAAGAAUACCACAGAGUCCAUGGAGGGGGACUUUGGGAGAAUCGCCGAAACGGACUGGGCUUGGAGAGGCUGUGCGAUCACCUUUCAAGUCUUCCAUGCCCCCUUCAUCAUCUACGAAGCCAUCGUUCAAAGCUUCUCUACUUCAAUCUCCAGCGAAACGUCCGCCGUCCCCAACCAAAAUCUCGGCUGGAGGAUCACCAACCCGCACAGUCUCAGGUAAUCUGUUCAACGCCACACCAAAGCCAAACACUUUCAGCAUCUCGAGGUUCACGACACCACGGACAUUGACGAAGAGCGCGUUCCGCCCUGGUAGAGUGCCGUUCAGCAGCGCUGUGAAGCCGGCUACUGAGUCCAGGCUGCUUGGAAAGGACCAGGCACCUGCGGAUCGGGCCAGUAUUAAGCCGUUCCCAGGACGACUGUCUGCUGUGUUGCCAAGACACGCUGACCCGACAAUGGAUGAGGCCGAGGUGCCUGCUGGUUCCACCACUCCAAAGAGCCCAGUUGAUAACACCGAGGAAGAUGAAUUCGCCCUCAACGUUUUGGUUGAGGAGAGUACGACUAUGGAAUGUGAUGAUGACGUGGCUGCGAUGGUUGUAGAGGAGCUACAGAGCACCACACCAUCCGCUUCUCCAUCUUCAUAUAGCAUUGGCAGCUUCGGCCUUCGCCCUGAGCAAGACGACCCGUUCCAGGAUUCGGACUCUGAAGAUGAGCUGGCGUCUGCGUCACCACUUUAUUCUCCGAGUCCCAUCAGCGCUUUGAAAAUGUCCUCCAAGGACUUCGCAAUGCUCUCGACCCCAAAGAAACUCUCCUUUGGCGAGAAGACUCCUGUUGCUAAGAGCUCGGCGCAGAUUGGCUUCACACCUUUGGCUAAGCAGUUGGAUAGCUGGAUGACGCCAGUUGACCCACAACCGGAAAUUGUGGAGGAAGAAUAUGAGGAGGAGCCGGAGCCUGUUGUAACUCCGAAUGUCGAGGAGCAAGCCGCUGAGCCGUCACCUGUGCCAACCAGCUUUUUCGAAGAUGAGAUGAUUGUUCGAGAGGAAGCAGAGGUUCAAUCUGAGAACGACCUGGAAGAGCAAGUUGUUGAAGCCAUCGAAUUAGCACCAGCUGAGGUCGAAUCCGAGAAUGAGCCGAAAGACGAAGUUAUUGGGGUCCUCGAGUUUGCACCUGCUGAGCCAGAAUCCGAGCAUGACUUGGAGGAUACAGUCAUGGAAGCAAUUGAGUUUGCACCGGCUGUGUUAGACGACGAAGACUUGGCUCUUGCUGCCGAAGCCGAUGAACUAUCAUUGGUCGAAGAGGAAAUUGCCAAUUCGAAUGAUGUCGUUGACGCCGUUGCCUAUGCCGUUGAGGAUGAGGCCGUGUCUGAGGCGAGCCAAGAGUAUGGCGAUGAGAAUAUGGUUCCAAUUGAUCCGGAACUGUUGUCUCUUGGUCAGCAAAUUGCCCCAGAACAGCACCAGGAGCCAACUGUUGAACACGUAACAAAUGUUGUCCCGGAAACUGAGGUUGAAGCGGAAGAGGAACACCCUACUCCCCCCGCUACCCGUGCGGUACAACGGUCUGCUAGUCCCUUCACACCAGCUAGACCCACCAUCGGAAGGUCAUUCCAUACUGUGUGCAAAGUCCCCUUGAAGGCAGAAGGUGCAGAGUCGCCUAUCAAACCAUCGCCACGAAAGCGUCCAGCAUCAGCAUCGCGCGUUACGGCACACAGAACAGCACCACCUCCACCUACACCUACCAUCGUCUACCAUAAUGGAUCCUCAACACCAGCUAAAUCCACCAACUGGUCGACGUCAGCUACGCCAACCCGAACACCGCGCCGUGACCUUGACAACAGGGUCCUCAGAGGCGCCGUUGUCUACGUCGACGUACACACUAGCGAGGGCGCCGAUGCUAGCGCUGUCUUUGUCGAGCUGCUGAACCAGAUGGGCGCGAAGUGUGUGAAGAGCUGGGGCUGGAAUCCUAGCACCAUGAGUCUACCAGGAGGAGUGAUUAGCCCUGAGACAGCAGAGUCAGCCAAGGUUGGGAUUACGCAUGUGGUGUUCAAGGAUGGUGGCAAGAGGACACUCGAGAAAGUGCGAGAAACCAACGGAGUUGUACUCUGUGUCGGUGUUGGAUGGGUUUUAGACUGCGAGCGCAUGGACGAAUGGCUCGACGAGAGCCCAUACUCCAUCGAUACCGCCAUCGUUCCCCGUGGCGGCAACCGUCGUCGCAAGUCCAUGGAGCCACGCGCCCUGGCCAACAUGAACGGCACUCUCGUUUCCACCCCCGGUCGCGCGUCGUCUAAAGAGCCUACUGCGCCCGCCACCGCGCGCCCGGCGCGCAUCGGGCGUAGGGAGAGCACACAAUGGAUCCGCACACCCCGCAGUGCGGAAGCAGCGACCAGCAACCAGGACCAAGACGUCGAGAUGAACGACUACACCAUGCCGGAGCUGAGUCCGCUCCCAACCACACCCAGCGCCGAGGCGCUGAGUAUGUAUGCCGAGCACAUCCUCGAUAACGAGGGCGGAGUUGAGGAGACGCCGUAUUAUAGCGGCAGGGAGAAGGAGGAGCUAGUCAUGCGGACCGUACCGGCGAACAAGAUGGUCGUCCGCGAGCAGGACGGACCGUCGCAGAUGGGAAGUGAGGCGCUGAUGCAGAGACUCAUGAUGGCGAGGAGAAAGAGCUUGCAGUGGGCGCCCAAGGUGGGGAGUCCACUGGCGAGGCAGUAGAGGAUGUUAUAAUUACUACUUUGUGUUUUGGGGGGCGCGGAUUGGACAUGGGUUGGGGAUGGGGAUGGCGUGGAGUUGUAUUUCUUGAGGCUUUUCUCUCUGGGGCGGUUUUAUUGCUUUGAGGUGCUUACUUUUUGGGAUGGGGGCGGGGGGUUGAUUUUACGUAUAUACCUUUUCGUCGGAACGUUCAUUGCCAAUUGAGAUUAUAUUUCCAAC